CCAAACUAAAGCCUACCGUCACAGGAGUCGCUCCCGUCACACUGCUCGUUGGAAAAGUUUUGUCAAAAUCGAGAUGUGUUAGCGUCGCAGGGAACUGUCAUGUUUAGUGGUGUCAUCGUCGUUGUCGCGCUAAGCUUAAGCUAGCUGAUAUCUUCCGUUGACAUCGCGAAGUGACGUUGCCCGCCAUGUUUCAAACGGGGAGUUUCAAGUGCCCGUCGUGCGCUUUGGCCUACACGACGAGAGAGCAGCGAGGAAAUCGGCUACCCCGAAUUUUAAAAUGUGGUCACACGUGCUGCGAGGCGUGUAUCAGAAGCCGUGCUUCGGCGAGCCACGUGUGCGAGUGCCCUGUGUGCAAGGACCAACAAUCCUUUCCCGACAGCAGCAGCAUCCAGGCGCUGUUGCUCGAUUCCUAUGUUCUGGGCGUUGGAUCAGCGUGCAGCCGGCAGCAGCAAAUGCCCACACGAGGACCGAACAUGGAACCAUUUAAUUUAAUGAUGAAGAGUGCCAUUCAGAAUGAGCAGGCCACUGGCAAGGGGCCUACGGUUAUCUGCGAUGAAUGUGGAAGCCGUCCAGCUGCCUGCAGGUGCGAUACAUGUCCUUCAAACUUCUGCAAGCCUUGCUUCGACCACAUCCACAGAAUGGCUAAAAACGAUGCGCAAACAUCAGCCCAGAAGCCUGAAUGCAGCGUCAGUGUUGGUGCUGUGGAGUCUUCCCUGUGUGAUGUGCACAAGCGACUGCGGGAGUUCUUUUGCACAAACGAUGGCCAGCUGAUCUGCACCUUCUGCGUUGUUAUGGGCGAGCACAAGCACCAUGAAGUUGUAUCUGCAAUGGAACAAAACAAGCAAUCACUCUUAGAGUUGAAACCAGCACUGGAUGAGGCUAUGAAGCCUUACAAUGGCAUGAAAAGAACUGUCAAGAAACUCGAGGCCAUCUGCAAGAGCUCUGACAGCCAGUACAACAAAUUGGUGCAGGACAUUCAGUCUGAAUUCCAGCACCUGCACUCCCUCCUGCAGCUUCGCUCAAACCAGUUGUUAACUGACCUCAAGAAAGUCAAUGAACAACACAUGCAGGGUAUGCAGGAGCAGCUGAAGCAGCUGAGAACUAAACUGGGAGAGUUCAAGGCUUUGCAGAAAGAAGUUGCAUCUGCAAUGGCUACCAACACACAUCAACACAGCACGCUCCUUCUAGAGCGGCUGAAGUCCUUUAGCAGCCUUCCCUGCUUCCUUAUGGAGGAUCUGCAGGACCACAAGGCUUGGGUCACAUACGAUUCGUCGCUGAAGGAUUUGUUGAAAUCUCAUGGUGACUUGAGCUUCACACCUCCAGAAAAAUUAUCCUUUUUGUCUGUGAAGGACCUGCCUGAAGGGUACACGGAGGAUGACCUAGAUGAUACAGAUCUUGAAUCGGAAUCCUCAAGCGAGAAGCAGUCUUUGGAUGAGCAGUCUCCAGCACCCAGCACCUGCAGUGAUGAGCUGCCUCAGACAGCACCUGUAGCUGAACCAUUGAACAACAAGCGAGUCAUGGUGUCACACAUUCGGGAUCCUGCCAACUUUUAUGUGCAGCUGUGUGCCUCUGCUGCAAAGCUGCAGCGAAUGCAGAAUGAAAUCAAUACAUACUGCAUGACGCAGGACUCCAAGCUACGAUCUGAGGACGAGGUUGAAGUCGGUGGGAUGUACUUGGCACGAUUCCUGGUGGACAACAACUGGUACCGUUGCCGAGUGCAGCGCAUGGUUCAGAGUGACAUGAGCCUCGUUGACGGGACAAGCUUCAGGCAAAGCGCCGUCAAUGUGGAGGUGUUCUAUGUGGACUAUGGGAACUCUGAGGUGGUGCCUUUGACCAGGUUACGGCGCAUGUCCCCUCGCUUUGAGAGGCUGGGUCAUUUGGCAAUCAGGUGCUCUCUCUACAACGUGGUGCCUAGAGCUGAUGGACGCUGGAAAAAGGAAAACAAUGCUCUCUUUGGGAAGCUCACGCUGAACAGAAAGUUGAUUCUCAGGGAGGUGGAACGGCAGGCCGACACCCUCCUUGUGGACCUGCUGGAUGACAGUGAAGGUGGCUGUGGUGAAGUCCGGACCUCCAUCACGGAUGCACUAGUGUUUUUGGAUGCUGCAUCCUACCACCUGUCCAGGGGCAGCAUUCCAGAGAAACCUCAAGCGGCCAUUCGUCGUCAGUAUUAUUCACCCACUGAUCUCACUGCCGGCCAGAUUGUCAAUGUCAUUGUCAGCUGCAUACACAAUCCACAAAAAAUGUUUGUGCAAGAGCUGGGCUCUACUGUGGAAGGCAUGCAGAAGAUGCUUGGAGAGUUGCAGCAUCACUGUAACGCAGAAAGCACCGAGCUAGACAUACUGUUUACACCUCAAGUUGGUAUGGUCUGCUUGGCAAAGUUUCCUCAUGACCACUUGUGGUAUCGUGGUAGCAUAAUCAGUCUUCAUGGGAGGACCCAUGUGGAGGUGUUGUUUGUUGACUACGGGAACCAGGAACGGGUGCCCAUCAUGUGGGUUCGCCGCAUUCCCGACAAGUUCAUGUACCUUCCCAUCCAAGCCAUUCCCGUGACGCUCGCUGACUUGGCCCCUGUCUCCGGUUCCUGGAAUGUUGAGGCCACCAGAAGACUGUCACAAUUGACCUUGAGCAAACAUCUGCUGAUGAAAGUUCACGCAAACAGUGAAGAAUUCAAGCGUGCGAAGGUGACGCUUUACAUUCCGGGCAAGGAUGACACAGACGUGUGUGUGAAUGCUGUACUAGUCAAAGAAAACCUUGCAGCUAGCACAGGACCGCUGUCUCUCGUGGAAGACGUACCCACCCUGAAAGGGCAUUUGGUCGUCCGGCCAAAGCAGUCCAUUGUUCAGGCUUAUGAGGAGUCCAAGGUCGAAGGGAGGCGGAAGAAACGGCUGGCCGUCACAAUGCCGGGCCAAGCGCCACCACCCGUAGACCUGCUUCCUCGGCCUCAGCCACGCAUGCCUCAUCAGCCAGCCCACAGUUCCACGACCCGAAGGCCUGCAAUGGCACUGCUGGCUGCUCUGGAAAUGCACAUGGCCGAGCCUCCCAAGGAACCCGCCGUGGAGGAACGCCCCAAAAAGGACUACGUGCCAGUGCACGUGACGUAUCCAGAGUCCCCGCAGCGUUUCUACGUGCGGCUUCUGGAUGAGAAAAAGAAUUUCAAGGCUCUUUCCGCUAGUCUCCAAAGUGCCUGCAAUGUCAACAAAGAAGCCAAGGAUGAUUGGGAGGUUGGCCAGUGGUGUGCAACCAAAGGCUCUGGCCAUCACUGGAUGCGUGCCAAGGUCGUGGAAGUAAAAGAGGAGGAACUGCGCGUGAUUCUCGUCGACAGUGGCGGGCAGGUCGUCGUGCCGAGGGGCGAAGUUGUCUCACUGCCAGAGGCUCUGGCUCAGCUGCCGUCAUUUACCCGAGUGUGCCACCUGGCAGACAUGAUUCCCGCGGGGGGCAGCAAGAGCUGGUCCAAGACUGCGGAAGAGGCGUUUGCCGACCUGCUGUCCAGGCCUAACAGGAACUUCAUGGUGAAGGUUGGAGAGGAGCUGGACGGCUCCCUUCCGGUUGACAUCAUGAUGGAGGAAGUGCAUGAGGCUGGUGCCUUGGAGCCCAUGCGCAAGGAGUACAAGAGUGUGAGGGAGGCAUUGAAAGAAAUGGGCUAUGGCUUCAUUUCCAAGAAGAGGCGCUUAAACAAUGAGUCGGCUGCAGAACCGGCAGAGGCCAGUCCUUCAAUCAAAUUGAAGGCUGCCCGUGACAUGGAGGCUACUCCAAGUGAGGUGAAGACCACUGGUGACGGCAAUAGUGAUGCACCAAAAGAGCCUGUGGUGUCUGAGAAUGUCACAGAAAACAUUACAGCUUCGCCGAGUAAAGAUGCAGAACAAGAGCCCGCAAAAGUGGAAAGUAUACCUGAUGAGGUUUCUCAUUCCAAGGAGGCAGUUUCGGCUGCUUCGUCUGUGAGCAGUGAAGCGUCAGAGUCGACUCUACCCUCUAUGAAAGUUGAAGAGGCUUCUCUUAAAGCCUCAACAAAUGUUGAGGAAUCCACUGAAGCCUCUACAAAUGUUGAGGAGGAAUCCACUAAAGCCUCUACAAAUGUUGAGGAGGAAUCCACUAAAGCCUCUACAAAUGUUGAGGAGGAAUCUACUAAAGCCUCUACAAAUGUUGAAGAGGAGUCCACUAAACCAGCCUCAAAUGUUGAAGAAAGCAAUGAACAGCCGGAUGCAGUAGCGUCAAAAAGCUGCGACGAUGUGGCCAUAUGUUCUCCAUCAUCAAAUGACACGGAAGCAGUUGCAACGCAGUUGGACGGCGCGACGGAUGAGGCUGCUCACAGUGAAAAGAACAAAGACAAGGAUGCAGAAGACGAAAGUGUAACAGAUUCGUCGCCAUCGGUGUGCUCGAGCGAUGACAUUCAAGAGGAGACAGAUUUUUUGGUUAUCCACGAUGAUCAGCCGCUGUUCCAGUGGCGGCCUCGAUCCUUCCCCAAGGAAAAACAGCUGAUGGUGAUGCCGUCCCACAUUGAUGAAGAUGCAGUGGUCUACGUGCAGAUACUUAAGAACGAGGAGCUCGAGACCUACAAGGUACUGAAAGAGGAACUGCAAAAGACAUAUUGCAAUCGAUCGAAGCCACAGCAUCGCACCUUGCGCAUUGGGCAGGCCUGCAUCGCACGCUACUCGCUGGACAAGUUUUUCUAUCGGGCAGUCAUCCUGAACUCUGGAGAGAAAGGCAUAGAGGUCCGGUUCGUUGACUAUGGCACGUCUGAAUACGUGAGCCCUGACUGCAUCUUCACCGACCUGAUGUUCGAGGAUGUGCCCAUACUGUGUCUGGAGGUGGAGUUCUAUGGUUUGAAGCCGUUCUCUACUACCGGGAGCUGGCCACUCAAAGUUCUGGACACGCUGCACUACAUGGUGGUGGAACAGAACUGUUCCAUGGUUGUAAAGACAAGGCCCACCAAGAGGUCACGUGCCAAAGUGCUUCUCUUCUUGCCCGAUGGAGUGUCGCUGUACGAGUUUAUGCUGGAGGCUGGAUUGGCCUGCAAAAUCGUGGAAGAGCCGCUGCCCGACAGUGAUGAGGUGGACGAUGACCUCAUCCCCUGUCCCUAUCAGACCUUGAAAUUUCCCGAGGAAGGUGUGUUUCCCGUCAUAGUGACAAACCUGGAUGACGCCGACCUGGGGUGUAUACAGCUUGCAAAGUUUGCCAAUCCAUCAAAUGACGAGCAAGAAGCCAUAAAUGCCUCCAUCGAUGCCUUCAACGCCAUGGCCGAGGCCUUGCAGAAAGUGGCCGACGACUGCCCCCUCUUGCUGGACACAAGUUUAGGCGCAGCCUGCAUUGGCAAGUAUGGCUACGACAAACUGUGGUAUCGUGGCAUCGUGACUGGCGUCAAAAAGAACAAGGUGACAGUCUUCUAUGUCGACUAUGGGAACAGCGAAUCCAUCGCGAAAGAAAACUUGCGUGCACUGCCACCCAAGUUUCUGGAGAUUCCCAUGCAAGCAAAGGCCUGUCGCUUUCACGGUGUCCGCGUCGUUGGUGACAGAAACAAAGCAAGGCUGAUGAUGUCAGACGUCCUCUUUGAUGAGAAAGUUGGGUGCCUUGCAAGAAUCAAGAACAAGGACAGUGAUCCCAUCGAAAUAGACCUCAUGAACACCUCGCUGGAGCUCAUCUACCAGCCUCUGGCCGACGAUGGAUGCAUCACGAUCGACAGAGAACCGUGAAGUGUUCCAGUCGCAGAGCCCCAAGCAAGUCAGCUUCAUUGAUGGUGCCUCACUUUUGCACUGCCCUGGCAACAAACUUAUAGUGAGAAGUUUGUUGCGUGGCACUGGUUCGUAGUUGAGUGUUCCUUUCAGCAUACUUCACUUUCACGCGUGCGAGAGAAAAGACAUCCUUUGUAAAAUCUGAGUCUCUUUUUCCCAUUUAUAGCUUGUUUUGUUCUUCAGCUAAUGCCAUGGCUGUAUGUUCCAUGUUGUUUGUUCAUUUCCCACCACUGUGAUCUGUAUUAAAAGGUGGUUUAUUUUCAUGCUU